AUGUUUAUACAAAUCUUUCACCCAGCUGUUGUCGGCCUAUGUCAUAAAGCAACUACAAAAGAUAUAAAAGCAUAUUCGGAUAAUGAAGAUUUGAUAAACUUUAUUGAUCUUCUCAAUAGCCCUGAUGAUGACCUCCAUACCAAGAACGGAGGGAGGUCUAAAUAUCUUGAAGACGCAGGAAUGAACAGCAGAGAAGCACAGGACAGAACGGAACUAAUGCGUUUGCUGCAAAAGAACUAUGACGCGAGGGAAUUUCAAGGACGACAAGAGAAAGAACGAUUGUAUUUCAUAGAAAAUCCAGAAAUUAUAGACGAUUACAGGGAUAUACGGAGAUCACAAGAAAUGCAAUAUGACGCUGAUUUCGAAGAGAAAACUUUGAAGCGUUUGCUGAAGACUCUCAGAAGGAACGCAGUUUUCCGUUUAAAGAAAGAUAAAACAGUGAAAGCAAAUCUUCCUGCACUGCGACUCGGAAUUAAAAUGGGUUCGCUGGAAGAAGCCAAAAAGGCAUUUAAACCGCUCGAAAAAGAAGUGAUAACCAAAAAAUACAACUGGGACAGGAGCGUAGAGAAGAAGUAUCACGCGGAAAGACCGAAGAUUAGACCUAGGCCGAGGGAUGAGACCUUCAGGAGACCGAAGGAGAGAAGUUACGGAUUCGUGAUCUUAGUGCAGUCUAGAGGUAGGAAGUAUGAUGUUGAAUUUGAAGCGAGGAAGAUCUACGGACAAGAUCUAGCAGCUGUUUUGGAAAGGUUCCGACGUACUCCAGACUACAUUCAGAUAUUGACUGACGAGCUGGAAAAGGUGUGGCAAAAUCUGCGAGUGGUUAUGGCGCAGAAUUUAUUUUAUUACUCGAAUAAACUGAAGGCCAGAGUCAACGAAGUCAUCUCGGAGAACACGACGAACGCCCGUCUAAGGAUGAGGACCACCACAGGAGAAUAUUACACUAAAUACAUAGGCUUCUUCCGGAAACCGAUGGUCCGACAGCACACUCACAACAUGAGCGGCGCCGAAAGACUAGAACUAUAUUUCAAAUUGGAUCCUGCGUUACCACUACAAGUCCGAAACAGAAUGGUGGAUUUAAGCUUUGAACAUUGUGGCUACGUCAUCCACGCCACUAUAAAAUCCCUAGUAGCAGGCGGUUCGUCCAUGUCUACCUUGCAGCAGGACACGAACACGAAAUACCAAACGCAUUACUCUCACAAGAUUACAUCAACAUCAAAAGACAAGACGUCGACAUCGCCAGAUAAAUCACUGAGGAACUUCAAACAGAGUAUACAAAUGUAA